UUAGGUCUCAUCCAGCUGGAGAAGAUGCGUCAGGAGGAGUGGGCAGCAUGCAGGUGAGGUGUUGUUCAGAAUCAUAGUCCAUGUCAAUGAAGAAACUAGCUUCGAGGAGAAAAAAGUGAAUUGAGUAGGGAGCCAAAAGGCUCUAUUGUACAAACAAGGAGCAAGGAAGAGUUGGAAGGAAGCUCUCCUAUUGGCCUAAUAAGUGGACCAAUGGGAGCGGUUGCUUGGAGGGGAAGCAACCACAAAGUGUGGUGCUCUCCGAUUGUCCACAAUGUGGACGAAUGGGAGAAGUUGCUUGGAAGGCAAGCAACCAUUAAGUGUGGUGCUUGGUGAUUGGUUGAUUCUUAAGACCAUUUGGGUGGAAUAGUGCCAAUCAAAUGUCUAGGACCAAAUCCAAUCUUGACCAACCCAAAUGUGAGUUGGUUAACCCAACCAACAAUCCCCCAAUAAAAAUAAUUACUAUACCUCCUAAUCUAGGCAUGCAUAUAUAUAUAUAUAUAUAUAUAUAUAAAUAUAUAUAUUUUUUACAACUGUCAAAACCUUUCCACAUUGCUGUAUUUAACUCUAUCCCCUUGUUUCCUCCUGGGUCCUGCAGCUGACUGGCGUGGGAAAGGGGGCCGGAUUUCCUCCUGGGAUCACGGAAAGCCCAAAAAAAAAAAAAAAAAACUUGUUUCCUCCUGUCUGUUACCUCAGGAGUUGCAGCAAGAAAUGAGCGGAGCGGUUGGGGGGGGAAGAGGAGCAGGGGCAUGCUGUUGCAAGGUAGGAAGAGGAGCUCCUUAAGAAUCUGGCGGAAUCUCGACGCGCAAAGGAGGAUGACGUAAGAAUCUGUUGUUUAGGGUCCUUCUAGCUGCAAGCCAUGGCGGGAUAAAAACUGUUUACCCUUGCGUGCAACCUCUUUUUCUCAAUCCUUACCUUCCUGCCAAAUCAAUGCUAUGGAGUUGGCCCCAUCAACAAAAAUCCUGCACAGCAGUACAGUGUGCUCAAUCGUAAUGGGUUUCAUUACCUUUCCUUUUCCUCCUCCCCUCUCUCAACCCUCUCAAUGCUAAUCUAGUGCCGCCCACAACAUGUGCUCGCAUGCGUAACAGGUUGGCUGCUUGCACGUUUUUGGUGUUAAAUGCCGUGGGGGGGUUGGUUGUAUGCCGACGUGGCUUAGUUGCUUGGUAAGGGAUGCUGGUUGUUUAGUAAGGGGUGUUGGUGGCAUGAUGUUGAGGGCUGAUCGCAUGUGUAGGAGGAGGAUUGGCUGUAUGCUUAAGGCCUGUAUGGGGAUUGGUUGUAUGUCCAUGGGUGUUAGUUGCGUGCCAAGGGGGGUUUGGGUCCAGUUUGGUUGUCUUGUGUCGUUGCUUGAGCAGGAGAAGCAAGCGCUGGAGCUGCAGGUAGUUGGGAGCAAGCAGGGAGAGCCACAAGCCAACGCAGCUACAAACGCCAAGGACCAACUGAUUCAGAAUCUGCGUGAUUCGGAAUGCGCCAGAGAACAACAGUUUCAUGCAGACAUCAGCACACUGAGAUCUGAGUUGCCAGCGGCCAAGUGGCAAUUGGAGGAGAGUCGCGUGGUAGAGGCGCAAUUGAGUGACAAGAAGGCACAGUCGGAUUACAAAAGGUUAAAAGAGGAAAUGGAGGCACGCCUGCUGGAAAGCAGCAGCGGGUUGAGGAGCUCGAGACGGCGCAGACGAAACUGAAAGAGUCAUACCAGAAGGAGAUUUACGAGCGCAAGAAGUUACACAACCUGCUGCAAUAUCAAAGGGUAACGAUUAUCAUUACGACAGGAUGACAACACAAAUAAGGUGGUGUUUGUGUUGUCAUCGUGGCUUAACGAUCAGCGCUACCCUCUGACCAUGCAGCCGGUUGUAUAAUUCUUGCACUCGUAAAUCUCCUUCUGGUAUGACUCUUUGAGUUUUGACUCGGAUUUGAUGUAAAUCAGGUCACCAUCAUGUUGCAAACAGGAUCACUAACCUUGCCAAGCUUACAGAUCUUGAUCACUGACUUGGUAGCGCCUUUUUCAAGAUCUAGCAGCAGAUCCUCCGGCUCUUCCAAGUACACCUGCAGCAUGUACACCUGCAGUUCAGGGCUAUGGAGGAAGUGAGAGAUGGGGAGAAGAGGGGGGACGAGUUGAGAGAGAGAGCGAGGGUGAGAAAGCCCCCCCACAGCCUGCUGCCUACCCUCUCUGCCUGUACCCCCCCUCUUUGUCCUCUCUCCCUCUGUCCUCUCUCCCCACUUUACCCUCUCUCCACUCGCUCCCUUGCCCUCUCUGCCCUCGCCUCCCACUCUACCCUCCCCAAUCGCCGUGAAAGCGCACCUUCAGUACGAAGGUCUUGCCCUUGAGGAGGGUGAAGAGCUCCUCCAUGACGCGGGGCAGGAGGCCCGCACCGUUGGGACCUCCAAGGAUGGUCGUUCUCUUCCCACUUCUCAACUGCCCACAAUCAAAGAUACACACAUUGUACCCGUCUAUGGCCGACGGAAUCAGGUUCCUUCGGGAGAAAGAGAGCAGGAGGGAAAGGAGGAAAAGCAGAAAAUGUUGGGAGUGUCAUGAUGAGCACACAUUGUCUUUGUCAAAAUGAUAGGUUCAUACGCCACGUACAACAAACAAGAGAACCAAGGGGUGUUAAACUUGGAGUUCUCUACAAAUUU